AUUCAUAUAUAUGUAUAGUACUUCCAGGACCUUAGGUCACAUGACUAAUAAGUCUAUGGUUAGGUUAAGCUUCAGGACCUUCCAGGUCACGUGAGUGGGUCACAUGAUGUACCACAACGCUUUGUGAAGGAACUGACAGUUGGUGGAACCAAUAAGCUGUGAGCCUGCCCCCUUGCCAUAUAAGGACGCUGGAUCCAAUGAUCUCUCUCUUGCUCCUGAUCAUCUCUAGAGAAAGCAUCACUCUGUACAACUCUGCAAGAGGACUUUGGCCUGAAGCCUGCUAACUUCUGCCGAAUAUAAAACCGUUCUUGUUGCGACGCAUGUCAGUGCAUUUUACUGUCACAAGAUUCUCCGGGGAAAUAAAUGGCGAACUUCAAAGGUCAUGCGCUGCCGGGCAGCUUCUUCCUGCUUUUCGGCCUCUGGUGGUCAGUAAAAUAUCCACUCAAAUACUUCAAUGGGAGAACCAAGGGAAGAUGUCGCAACAACAAGUGUUACCAGCGCCUGGAGCUCAUUGAGGGGAUACUGAAGGCCGUGUUUGCCCUUGUAGGUAUGCUAGCUGAGCAGUUCGUCCCGGACGGCCCUCACAUGCACCUGGUCAGUGAGGACCACGGCUGGGUGAAACUGAUGAACUGGCAGCACACCACAAUGUACCUGUUCUAUGGCCUCUCUGGAGUGGUUGAUAUUCUGACAUACCUCCCCCUGAAUGUUCCUAAGGGACUGGACCGGUUGUCCUUGGCCUUAGCAGUUUUUAUUGAAGGUCUCCUCUUCUACUAUCACGUCCACAAUCGUCCACCACUGGACCAGCACAUUCACUCGCUACUUAUUGUCGCCGUGUUUGGAGGAUCCAUCAGUAUUAUGAUAGAAGUGUUUCUGAGGGACAACAUUGUUCUGGAAAUGUUUCGCUCCAGUCUGUCAAUCCUUCAGGGGUCCUGGUUCUGGCAGAUCGGAUUUGUGUUGUAUCCCCUUGGAGGAGCACCAGAGUGGGACCAGAAGAGUCAUGAGAAUAUCAUGUUCAUUACCAUGUGCUUCUGCUGGCACUAUGCUGUGUCGCUGAUGAUCAUAUCUAUGAACUACACAUUAGUAUAUUGGUGUGUGCGAAGGAACAAGGUUCUGUCAGGAGACGUCACUAUUGGGAUCAGAAAGCUGAAUCCUAAUAAGGAGGGUGAGGUGCAGGCGGCGCUGCUCACGGCCUCCGAUGAAGAGUAAUUAUUAUUAGAGAAGGGAUGACGACCACUAUUCCUCCUCGUGCUGCUGCCGCUUGUUGAACCCUCAGCUUGUCUCUAAAAUACAGAGUGACGCUACGAAGACGACCUGGUCUCUGUGUAUUAUGAAAUUAGUCGGGUGGUGACUAGAAUGAAGGAGCUCUUGAUGUGGACACUUUAAGUACAGACAAUGCACUGAUCCUGGAGUGAAAUCAUUGUACAUUGUAAUUUAUUGAACAGACUCCCAUCUAUAUUGUAAGUCUCAUAAGGACCCAAAUCCAGAGCGAUGUCGUUCGUGUCCCUUCUGCACCUGGGGACUGAAAAUGUGAUUGUGUGUGGACAUUUUUGUAACUUUUGAAGUAAAUAAACCA